GCGUGGGAAAAAAAACGAGCGCACCCAAGUGAUGGAGGAGGAAGAGCGAGAGGAGGGAGGGCGGGAGACCGGCGGAUCACGUGUCCACAGAUGCGACCGAGAAAACGUGAUGGAGGCUCUGCAGGAGGCAGGAACGUGACGGCAGCAGGAUACCGGAAUACGUCACGAAGGAGUCACGUGACUUCUUCAUAUAGACUUCACGGUCUUCCCUUUAAUUGAAACACAGGCAUAUUAUUGAAUAUUAAGUGUUUGAAACGUGAAUUGACAGUGUCGAGCAUAGAGUCGGCCCGGAUCCUGAGCCGAAAGGUUCAGAGCAGUGUUGCCAGAUUUGGCCUGAUUUGGCCUGAUUUGCCGCCCAAUCUGGCAACACUGGUCCGGAGUCCUGCUGACGGCAGUCGGAUUCGAACCCGCGACCUGAGGAGACCAGAUUUUAGUCCAGGGCUCGUUGACGGUACAGGUCUCACAAGUUAUUUUCCUCCUGUGACUCACCGAGUCUUUAAUUUAAUAGGCAUAUCCUAUCACCUAAAUUAAAUGAUAAUAUUAUAAUAAUAUAAUAAUAAUAAUAACACUAAGACAGCUCUUUACUGAUAUAUAAGCACAGUGGAGUUGCUAUUGUAAGGUAACGCUUAUUUAAUGACAUUAAUACCAUGACGUCAGAAGAUCAGUUUGUAACGAACAUGAACGAGAUUAAGAUUGCAGCUAUCAAUCCCACAAUGUUUUUGUGCGCACAAAAAUUACUCAAUGAAAUGUAUAUAUAAAUCUAGAUUCUGACAAAAACGAGGAAACUUAUUUAUAAAGAUAUGCAAUACACUUAAUUAUAAAUGUAUUAAUCAUGUAGGUUUAACAUGCAGGGAUAGUCAAACAAGAUGUUACAGAUUAAAUAUACAUAAAAUAUAUGAUAUAAAAUCUACAAUGACAAUGAGCCUGGAUGCAAGGCAGUUUAAGGAACAAAAAUAGUGUGUUGAUGUAAGCUUCAAGGCUGGGGGCUUCCGUUUCAGACUCUGAAUUAAACAUUUAGGGAUAGGGGAGGAACCCGAGCCACUGAGUCAUUCAGAGGGUGAGGGGAUCUGAUGACAACAUGAGGUUCAUGUUUGCAUUCACAAACACCUCACUGACAUUAACCAUUUAAAGCUCUGUUCCCUACCUAGACUUCCUGAUUGUAAGAAAAUAUACAUUAUUAGGAAGUUGAAUAAUAUGAACAAUCACAUAAUAAUAAAAUGAUAAUAAUAAUAAAAUAGUUAUAAUAUACAUUUAUAUUGUUGUUGUGAGUAUUUUUAUUCUAUUCUGUCCAUUUUUAUUAUUCCACAAAACAUGUAAUGCAGUGUUGCUAGGAAACUGUUGCCAAUAGCGAAUGUAUACAAGCAGACUGAGCCCUGUUAGUCCCCCCCCCCCCACCCCCCCCCCCCUCCCUCCAUGUGACCCCCGGUCCCGGUGUCAGUGUAGUGCAGUGCGAGCUGCCACACCUGGGCGGGCACUGCAGCGCACACCAGUGUUUGGGGGAUUGGCGGAGAAUCAGGCGGUCCUGAAUCAACCACCACGGCCUACAGAUGGCGCUGGCUAGUGGACACUGGGUGGAGAAGGAGAGCAGAGGAGACGCCCCGAGUCCCAGACAUGGCCAUGCCUUGGCUGUAGCAGGCAAUGUGGCUUUUCUGUUCGGAGGAGCCAGAAGCCAUCAGGAGGACACAGAAUACCUCAAUGAUUUCUACAUGCUUACAGUAUCCCCAGACCAUGUGACCUGGGAGAUGAUCCCCCACUCCGGAGACAUCCCUGCUCCAAGAGGCGGACACGCCUUCUGCGUGGUGAAGGGCAGCCUGUACCUGUUUGGGGGAACAUCUGACCCCAGUGCCACAGCCUGCCUGCCCGGGGUGCACUGCUUCGACAUCGUGUCGCUCACAUGGGAGGAGCUAGCGACGGGGGGCGUGGCACUCAGAACACUGGGACACAGCUCUGUUGCCGUGGGUGACAGCAUCUACGUGUACGGAGGGACCGUGGAGGGGGUGGCCUCGGAUGACCUCAUGGUUUUCAACACAGUGUCUUGUGCGUGGACACCAGUGAAGACCAGUGGGAGCCAGCCUUCUGCACGGUUCGGUCCGAGCUGUGCUGUGGUGGGUGAGCAGAUCUUUAUGUUCGGAGGUCGUGGGGAGGAGGGGGAGUUCUACAGAGACCUCCACGUUCUUCACACAGAGAAGCUGGUGUGGGAGCGAUUUCAGCUGAAAGGAGAAUCACCAGCCCCCUGCACAGAGCAGACCCUGACAGCACACCACGACAAGGACCUCUAUCUAUUUGGCGGCCUGACAACGGAGGGAGAUGUACACGUCUCAGUAAAUGAAAUAUAUAAGCUGAGUAUAAGUAAACUGAAGUGGAAGGUCCCUCUCUAUAUGGGAAUCCCCCCGGCCCGUCGCCAUGGACACACAGCCUUCGUCCUCCACAGCCACCUGUACAUAUUCGGAGGAAAGAACGAGGAGGAGGAGUUCAAUGAUCUGAAGGUGAUGAAGCUCAUCAACCCCUCAGAGCGACAGCCAGUCAUGAAGGAGAUUCUGUCUGAGUUUGGUCUGCAAGGAGUCAACCACAGCUUCACUCCGACUAAGGUACCAAACAUCAAGUACCAACUCAGACACCCGCCUCCAUCGCCCCCGGCAACCAGGGGCCACCCAGCAACACAGGUGAGGGUGUAUCGUGACUUUGGAGCAGUGAGGGACCAGGCCAUGGAUAUGAUCCACAAGGCCUUCUCUCUGCUGGACCAGGAGUUCCAGAAGCUGGACAGGGGGAAGUUAGAGUUGGCCCAGGCUGCUACUGCCCUGCAGACUGAGAGAGAAGAGCUACGAACACAGAGACAGCAACAAGAACAGGAGCUGGAGGACAUGUUAGACAGGCAUCGUAGUCAGAAUGAGUCGUGGCUGAAGGCCAGAGCGUUGGAGAACGACAGAGAGAAGAAGGAACUCUACAUACUGAGGGAGGAGGUGUUGCAGGAGCAGGAGCAGCUGAAGGAGGAGCAGGGCAACAUCCAGAAACGCAGCCAGCACCUCCUCUCCAUCAUGCAACAGUUUAGAUAGACAGACAGACAGACAGACAGACAGACAGACAGACAGGCAGGCAGGCAGGCAGGCAGGCAGGCAGGCAGGCAGGCAGGCAGGCAGGCAGGCAGGCAGGCAGGCAGACAGACAGACAGACAGACAGACAGACAGACAGACAGACAGAGACAGAAAGAGUAAUACAGGUAUAGAGAGACAGACAGAGUAAUAUAUAGAGAGACAGAGUAAUACAGGUAUAGAGAGAAGGGGUAAUACAGGUAUAGA